AUGGGACCGAGUCGGGCCCUUCCACAAGCUGAUCGGAAAAGACGGAACCAAAAACCACGAGUUUUGUUUUCCUGCAAACCAUGCAGAGACCAAAAACUGAAAUGCAAUCGAAAAUUGCCUUGCGAAAAUUGCCUGAAACGUAACCAGGCUGCAUCCUGUCAUUACGUGACUGAAAAUGGGCCUCACGACGAGUCACAAACGCUUCAAAGUCGCCUGGCCCAUGUUGAGCGGAGACUGCUCUACUUAGAAACUGCUCUUCCGAACCAGCAUGCUCUACAUGCGAACAAUGAAUCGCCUUCAACCAAUCACAGGGACAGCCAGCAUGAGAUCUAUCCAAACAACCCUCUUAUACCUCGGCACGUUUUAGACACACAACCAAACUCCAACAAUUCGACCUCCCAAACUAACGCCAUUCGUUUUAUUAACCCAAGCCAUUGGCGAGUCAUCAUGAGAAAUGCAACAAGAGAGCUCGGAAGAAGUUAUGAUGAUUCAUCCACUGACGAGGGCGCUAAUGAUGUAGAAAUGAGGUCUGCCAGUCCAAUACUUUUAGGAUUCGUCAAGGAAGCAGGGAUCAAUGACCUUCUGGCAGCAUUGCCACCGCGGAAGGAUGCCGACGCACUAGUAUCGUGUUGUUUAGACUCUGGCGAGCCAUCAUUGAUUCACAUUCACGUUCCUACAUUUAAAGCAGAAUACAAAGAAUUCUGGGAAGACCCCUCAACAGCAUCUCUAGCAUGGCUUGCGUUGCUAUUUGGCAUUUUUUCUUGUGGGGUUUUCAUCCAACAUAGCCUGAUUCCGGGUACAGCUGAGACUGUAUUACCCAAGAUUUUUGACUUCUACCGGACAAAAUGCGCAACAGCUUUGACCACCUCAAACUAUACGAUUCCUGGUCGCUACAAAGUGGAAGCUGCCGUCAUGUAUCUGGGUAUCGAAUACCUACAGAGUGACGGUUUGAAGACAGGCAUCUCCAUCUUGAUCGGUCUUGUUUCUCGCGUGGCGAUAAUGAUGGGGUACCAUCGAGAUCCAGAUAUCUUUCCGGAGCUUUCUGUUUUUGAACGUGAGAUGAGGCGCAGAACCUGGCUUGUAUUGGUGGUUUCAGACCACAUCAUUGCGUCGCAAACGGGGCUCCUUCCUGUCACCCAGAAAGGACAUGGCAACGCCACAUGUCCACGUAACCUUCUGGACGAUGAUUUAGGACCCUCAGUCACCAUUCUCCCCCCUGCAAGGCCUAACACUGAAGCCACCAAUAUAGCAUUCAUGCUUGCAAUGGAGAAAAUGCUGUCUAUAGCUAGUGAAGUCACAGAUGCCGCCUCGGAAUCGAUCCUCACGCUCGAAAAAACGAUGGAAUUGAGCCAUCGAUUGGAAGCAACUUGGAAUCAGAUCCCCACUCAGUGGAAUAUGAAGUCUUUGAAUGAAGUGACGGGAGAUGACGAUGCGACAAUUCAGCGACUUUCUAUCGGGACCACAUAUGAGCGAGCUCGAUGCAUUCUACAUCGUCAGCACUUGGUCACUCAGAGAGGAGAUCGCGACAUCAACCUUUUUCGCCGUGUUUGUGUUGAUUCUGCCAAACGGAUUCUUCAAUACCAAUCAGAGCUCUUUCAGAGGGUGUUUUCUUUGCCAAAGUAUCGGUUUCAGGUGUGGUUCGGUAUGUCACGUUCCAUCUCUGAUUCCAUGACGGCUGCCAUGGUGAUUUGCUUUGAGGUGAUCAACCAGUCCAAACUUGACAUUGACGAGGGAUGUUCGACUCGGAGAGAGCUUUUGGAUUUGCUCAAAACCUCCCUAGCAACUUGGAAAUCUUCUUCUCGACCGUCCCCGGAAACGGCAAAGGCUGCUAAUAUAGUAGCAAUGAUGCUCCAUCUUAUGGAAUCUGACCACAGAAGUGAUGCACAUGAUUUCCAAGUACCAACAACAAGUAACGUCCCUGUCUUCGAGCCAGUUUCAUCUCAUCCAUUCUACAAUGUCCGAAAUAACUUCUCUACUCCUGAUAUGUUUGAUUGGGCUCUAUGGGAUCGCGAAAUUCAACAUUUGAACGAUAUCAUCCAAGGGCACUAA